AUGGCUCGAAUGAACAGACCAGCCCCGGUGGAGAUCACCUACAAAAACAUGAGGUUCCUGAUCACCCACAAUCCCACCAACGCCACGCUGAACAAAUUCAUCGAGGAGCUGAAGAAGUACGGAGUGACCACCGUGGUGCGAGUUUGUGAGGCCACAUAUGAUGCAACUCUGGUGGUGAAGGAGGGCAUUCAGGUCCUGGAUUGGCCGUUUGACGAUGGCGCUCCUCCGUCCAAUCAGAUCGUGGACGACUGGCUGAACCUGCUGAAGCUGAAGUUCAGGGAGGAGCCGGGCUGCUGCGUCGCGGUGCACUGUGUGGCAGGCCUGGGCAGAGCUCCGGUUCUGGUGGCGCUCGCUCUGAUCGAAUGUGGGAUGAAGUACGAGGAUGCUGUCCAGUUCAUUCGACAGAAGCGUCGCGGGGCCUUCAACAGUAAGCAGCUGUUCUAUCUGGAGAAAUAUCGUCCAAAGAUGCGCCUCCGCUUCAAAGAUUCCAACGGCCAUCGCAAUAACUGCUGCAUCCAGUAA